AUGGAAACAGUCCUUCAAUAUACCUAAUUCAUGACUGCACUUUCUUUGUACUUACAAAUGUCAUAUUGUAGCAGCAACAAGCAUUUAUCUGUCCCAAACAGUUCUGUAGUGGCAUUGUAUAACGGUUCACUUUCACUUCAAAGAAUCACGUGCUGAAGACGCCUUGCCCCAUGUGGACAACGCGCUCAAGAGGGCAGGAGGGUGGGAGGUGAAACUGCUCCUGUCCUUUGAAAGACCCUUCUCUCUUUUCAUCUGUUCCAGUCUACUCUCUUGACAUCCAGAGGAGGCUCCAUAGAGUGGGUAGGACUCAGAACGAGAGGCCCUUGCGAGAUUCUCUAUAGUACUCAGGAUUCGAUAUACCUCCGAACUGUGAUUUGGCUGCAGGAAUCCGUUUUCGUGUCAGUCAGCUUCUGCAGAAGUCUAGCAGAAAUGUCGGAAGAGUGCGAUCUCGGACAGCUUCUUGAUAGCGUUUACAAGCUCCGUAACGCUGCUGUGGAGAAUCAACGCUAUACUGCAUACAGAGUUGCAUCGCUCGAGCGUGCUCUUGUCACCAUGGAAGAUAAGCUGAAGAAACAUGAGAAAAUGAUACAGUAUCUUGAGAAUCAGCUAAAAGUCAAGACGGACGUCUCUGGGCGCAAGAUUGAUAAUGGGGUUGGACGGUUGGUCGAUACCACUGAGUCCUCUUUUCAGCUGAACGUUGGUUCGGGAUUCGAGGUGAAUGUGAAGUGCAGAAUGGAUAGCAGUGUGCUCCAAGCCCCUUUCGUGGAGCACGAGUCUCCUGUCGAGUCCAUGUUAAUGAUUGCAGCUCCGCCUGCCACUCCCACUCGACAGGAGUCAGCGGAUUGUUGGAUUGUCGAGAACGGCAACAUUGACUCUUUCCUGGACGACAUAAACACCCCAGUUCUAGAACCAGAGAGACGUGACUUCAUGCCAACUCAUCGCAGAUCAGCAUCUAACGUCUCCGACUACCAGAGCGUCAUGGGCGAUUUUCCCAACAAAAUGCCACUGAAGCCUGUUCCAUGGGACGGGAAGAUUUCCUGGGCGUUCGAAUCCUCAAGCAUUUUUGACAACCCAGAAGAGGAAACAGACGCGGCUGCUGUCCGCUACGCAUUUUUUGGAGGCCGCACCGCCUCUAAGCUAUGGCUCUUCCAGUAUGGCAUCCGCUACAUCCCAGGAUCAGAAGAAAAAAACGCUUUCCGUACUGUUAAAGUUGAGAACCUGCCGUUGGAUAUCGACAUGAACACUCUGCUUAGCCAGGUCUGUGGUGGCGAGAUUGUCGUUGCCCGUCUCCUUAAUACCAGCAGUAUUACGGGACACCACACUGCCCUGGUUACCUUUGUCCAGCAGCGUCAGGCAGAGGCAUUUGUUGACUACGCUUCGAAGUAUGGUCUCUCUUUCGGAAAGGAUAAUGUCUGUGUGAAGAUGCUGGAGACCCCAACCUAUCCAAUGUCGGCGGAGAUGGAAGGCCUCAUCCUUGACGAGGGUUACACGCGCUGUGUUGUCAUACGUGACUUUGAAGAAGAUCUUUAUGAGGAACUUGUCUCUCUCGUCAUCGGAUCUGUUUGCGGUAAUGAAAUCGAAGAGAUCAAGCCAGAAGGGAACAGGGUUACUAUCCAGUUCCACUCCAUCAAGAUGGCCGCUGUCGCCUUUGGACUAAUUCGCGGCCGCCGUUCCUUCUCAGGAUGUCGUCUUGAUUUUGCGCCUGACCCUUGUGCUCGUCCCGCUCGCCCAGUCAUGGAAUAAGUGAACGGCAUUUCCUCAGACGCGUAUUUGGCUUCUGCGGGCA